AUGAAAACAUUAACUCUUUACAUUGGUGUACACUCCUUUCUUUGCUUCUUAGCAGGUACUCCUUCCGCAGAAACGAAGGAAUUAACGUGCUAUAAAUGCAGCCAUCAGUGUGCAAAACAAACACAAGAGAAAUGUGAUCCAGAGUACGAUAUGUGCGUGGAUGCACGAUAUAACGAUGGAAGUAUGGAUAAAGGCUGCGCCAACGAAAAGCGUUAUCAAAAUGUCUGGAAGAAAUGGAGUGACUCUCACGGUGGUAAUAAAGGUGAUCCUGUUAAAUGCUACGAAAAUUUGUGCAAUAAUGGCACAAUAGAGGGUAACCUGACAUGCUAUUCAUGCAAUCACAACUGUGAAACACAAAAGGAGCAGAAAUGUGAACGGCAGUACGAUAUAUGCGUCGAUGUUCGAUAUAACGAUGGACAAAUGGAUAAGGCAUGCGCAAACGAAUGGAAGUUUCAAAAAAACGGGAAUAAAUGGGGUGAUUCUCAUGGUGGUAAUAAAGAUGACCCUGUUAAAUGCUACGAAAAUUUGUGCAAUAAUGGUACAAUAGAGGGUAACCUGACAUGCUAUACAUGCAAUCACAAUUGUGAAAAACAAACAGAGCAGAAAUGUGAACGGCAGUACGAUAUAUGCGUCGAUGUUCGAUAUAACGAUGGGGAAAUGGAUAAGGCAUGCGCAAACAAAUGGAAGUUUGAAAAAACCGGAAAUAGAUGGAGUGAUUCUCAUGGCGGUAAUAAAGGUGACCCUGUUACAUGCUACGAAAAUUUGUGCAAUAAUGGCACAAUAGAGGGUAACCUGACAUGCUAUUCAUGCAAUCACAACUGUGAAACACAAAAGGAGCAGAAAUGUGAACGGCAGUACGAUAUGUGCGUGGAUAUGGACAAAUGGAUAAGGCAUGCGCAAACCAAUGGAAGUUUGAAAAAAACGGGAAUAAAUGGAGUGAUUCUCAUGGCGGUAAUAAAAGUGAUCCUGUUAAAUGCUACGAAAAUUUGUGCAAUAAUGGCACAAUAG